CUGGGUUCAGCACUGUCAUUUGGCGAACUCGCUUCUCCAUUCGUUGAGAGAGUCCAGAUCGAGCAUUUUCGAUCUUUCUUGAUCUGGGUGAUUCAGCAGGAGCAGAGCAACGCACAGGGGAUGGCGACCCGCCUACAGCAGCGUCCGGGGGACGAGUCCGUGCUUCUCCGACUCUCUCACUCCAACCUCAAGACCUUCUCUUCCGAAAUCCGGCUCUCGCUUCAGACGCCGGUGGAGUCUGUGAAAGAGAAGCUCUGGAGGAAAUGCGGGACGUCUAUGGAUUCUAUGUGCCUCGAGCUCUAUGAUGACACUGGCUCCAAAGUUUCCAACUUGGAUGAUAACUCCAGGCCGCUUGGUUUCUAUUCUCCACUUGAUGGGUAUCGGUUGCAUAUUAUAGAUCUUGAUCCAUCAUCUGUCACCUCUGGUGGCUGGCUAGAAGAUACUUCACUGGUGGAAAAAUAUCAAAUUUCAGAUGAAGCUUAUGACAAACGCGAUGGAACUUUCAAAAAAUUUAAGGAAAAAAUCGCAACCCAAAAUGCAUCAGCUUUUGAACCGAAGAUAACAGACAACUACAUGGGAGAUCUCUGCAUGAGUGUCAAGGUAGGAGAUAGAUGUGAAGUUGAGCCAGGGGCUAAAAGAGGAGUAGUAAAAUUUGUGGGUAAAGCAGAAUCUCUUGCCCCUGGUUUCUGGAUUGGAGUUCAAUAUGAUGAACCAUUGGGAAAGCAUGAUGGCAUGGUAAAAGGGGCACGCUACUUCGAGUGUCCUCCACUUCACGGUGCAAUGGUCAGACCAGACAAAGUCAAGGUUGGGGACUACCCUGAACGAGAUAUUUUCGAGGAAGACGAGAUAUGAGCAAGCAAAUGCAGUGGUUAUUUCUGUUUCUACAUAGCACUUUGCAGUUUGCAUAUUCAAGUGUGGAGUGUCUGCAACAAGGGGUGAAUAGCAUACGCUGACCGGCGCUGGACACCGUGGAAAGAAGAGGGUAGGUUGUGAUUUAUUACUGUCAAAGGCGUUCAAUUCGAAAAUAGUAGCUAUUAUUAGGCUUUAUAAUUUGCUGUUUGAAAGAUGCCAGAUUUGAAGCUUGAAAUAGCUUCAAGAUGCUUGUGUAUCUCCUCCAUAUGUUUGAAUUCCCUUGAUCUCUCCUAUUCGGGGUCCUUCGUUCACGAUAAAAGUUUUACUCGGCAAAUAUUCCACAGCAUCCAUCCAAUUCAUUGCCCAGUAAAUGAACAGAAACUGGGGAUAAUU